AUGUCUCCCGACACCAAGCUCUACAAACAUCGCUGCCGCUAUGAGUCAUGCCCCGAGAGGUGGUCCAGGUUCCCGACCAACGAGGCAGACCAAAAUGACAUAGAACAGACUACCUUGAAGGAUCCGAUCGUCCAUCGACACAUCUUCAACGACCUUAAAUGGCAGACCGAAUCUUUCACCAUCCAGAGCUCCGGCAUGCGGGCAGUCAUCUCGACCGUCCUGGACAAGUAUCAAGACCUUGACCUUGACGUUGAGAAAUGGACUUUCAAACCUCCAUUCAUGCCUCUCGUCCACCGUUGGGAUCGUCUCCUGUCUCUCUGCAAGUCUGGUGAUGAGGGGCACGAACCAGAGGCUGCAGCCAAGCUCCUGGAAUUCCUUACCCCGAUCUUGGCCCCCAAAGUUGAUGCACUCGUCAAGACUCGCGAGACCGGAAACGUCAUGUUCGACGACCUGUGGCAGAUCUUUGCUCCACAUGAGUUUGUGAUCACCAAGUUCUACGGUGUCGAGGCUGUAUGCCGUGUCGCCAAAUACGAGCUCGUGAAGCAACCUCCAAAGCCAUCAUACUGGGAGAUUCACAUGGAGUAUAUUGACUGGAACGGCAACCGUUGUGGCUAUGCGAAGACCAUGAUUAUCAUCCCAGAAUUCGUUGCCUAUCGACGGGUUACUUCGCUACCUGCGUACCCCUUGUCCUUCCACAACUCUCCCUCCAAGAUUCGAAAGCAGAUGACAGAGCGAGGCCGGAAGUUUGAAGCCUUGCGUGGUUGGCACUUCCAAACCUGUUCCGGAUCAAAGAUUCUGUUGCCUCCUGGAAGCUCAGAGGAGCGACCGGUGUCUGGUCGAGUCAUUAUUGACGCUCACGCUUACUAUAUGACCAAUGAUAUAGUCAAACCCGAUCUCGCACCCCUGGUUGACGCCGACCAGGUCGGUCAGAAGAAGAAGUCGGACGAAAAGAAGUCCAAAGCUCAUGAAUGUGACUGGGGAUGCGACGGCGAAUGUGAGGACGACGACGACAGCGACGACUCAGAUACCCCGAAGGAAACCAAUACGCCUAUGGAGGGUAAUGCAGAAAUGACAGUCAAGGCACCAAACGAUACUGCAGGACGCUCUGAGGAUCUCGAGUCCCUCACCGAUGAUAUGUGUCUUGUUGCGACACCGUGGCUGAAAGGCUUUGACCUGAAGACCAAGGAAUGGGCCCAGUUUUAUGUGGAUAGCCUGACCCCUGUGGUAUGGAAUGAUGCUGCGUUCAACCACCUCGUGCUUCCAGGCAUGGAGAAGCAGCUUGCUUGGGAGUUUGUGGAGAACAAGACUCUCGCCAAUAGCUUCGACGACUUCAUCCAAGACAAAGGUCGUGGUAUCAUCAUUCUCAUGUUUGGUCCACCUGGUGUAGGAAAGACCUAUACCGCAGAAGCAGUCGCUGAGAAGGCACGUGUGCCCCUGUACUCCAUGAGUGCUGGAGAUCUGGGAACCGUCCCGAAGGAGGUCGAGCUUGCGCUGGAACGAGCACUCAAUCUCUGUGGUCUCUGGAACGCCAUGCUCCUCCUCGAUGAGGCCGAUGUCUUCCUCGGUGCUCGUACCGACAGCGAUCUAGCUAGGAAUGAGCUCGUAGCUGUAUUCCUCACCAAGCUCGAGUACUACACGGGAGUCUGCUUCCUCACGACCAAUCGAACAGCCAGUAUCGACACGGCUUUCCAAUCCCGCGUGGAUCUCUUCCUCCCAUAUAGGGACUUGACGUUCGAAGCUCGGAAGAAGGUCUGGCAGAACUUCAUCACUCGCGCUGGGGGUACUCAGGUUGAGAUUUCUGACGAGGAUAUGAACAAGUUGGCUGAGAUGAAGCUGAAUGGUCGUGAGAUCAAGAACUUGAUCAAGAGCGCCCAUCUGCUUGGUCUCAAGAAUGGCGGUGUCAUUCAGGUAGACCGGCUGUUGAUGUUGGCUCAGAAUCGGGUUGCUGCUCUUGUCGGGUGGACAGUAGAGGAGGACAUCCCUCUCAUCGCGAUGGUGGAUAAUAACAACAAUGGUAGUGCUUAG